AAAAAAUAUUUUGUUUUUAACAUAUCACUUCACACUCACAUCGAUUUUUUCCCUUUUCUCGUUUAAAAACAGGAUAAUGAGCAUUGUACAUCACCUAAUAUGUUACCAUCAGAAUAUCGUCCAAAUAUACGUCUUACACAAUUUACACAUGCACAUUUAAAUCAUUUAGAUACUUUACGUGAUAGUCGAAUUGUUUUAAUAUGCGGUAAUCCAUCGAUUGCAUCGAAUUCUGAACCAGCUCAAUCAAUGUUUAUUUAUUCACGUGGAUUUGGUACAAUAAAUACAUUUUGCACUACAGACGGGGAUCAAUGGAAUAGUUUAGAUCAAGUAAUACCUAGAUUAAAGCCAAGACUUCCACCGGGUACUUUAAUUUGGGGUCAACCAUUUUAUGAAUAUUCUGUAAAGAAUGGUCUAAGAAAGCUUAGUUUAUUCAUAUAUGAUGUGGUGUGUAUCUAUGGACUAGAUUGUCGUAAAUUAUCCUAUAGGAAAAGAAUGAAACUGGCUGAACAAAUGACCAAUGUAAUUAAUUAUCCCGAUAUGAUGGAUUCAUCCAAUGUACGUGUACCACCAUUUUUAAGAUUUUCCGAAUUAGUUGAUUAUGUGAAAAAAUUACCUCUUCUACCAUGUAAAGAUGCACCGACUACUGUCCCAAUGCAUUGUUUAUCCGAUGGUUAUACAUUUCAACCAUGUUCUUUAUUAUUAGUACAACAUAUGAAAGAUCAUUGGAUGGAGGUGGUUAGUCGAAGUACUGGAAAAUUGUACUACUUUAAUCGAUUAAAAUCGGAAUCUACUUUUGAUUUGCCUGAAAGUGAACAUCUGUCAUUCAC